AUGUCGGAAAAGGCCCAGAACCCCAUGCGGGAGCUCCGCAUCCAGAAGCUCGUUCUCAACAUCUCCGUUGGUGAAUCUGGUGACAGAUUGACUCGUGCCGCGAAGGUUUUGGAGCAGCUGAGCGGUCAGACCCCCGUAUACAGCAAGGCCCGCUACACCGUCCGAACUUUCGGUAUCCGACGUAACGAAAAGAUCGCUGUCCACGUUACCGUCCGUGGCCCCAAGGCCGAGGAAAUUCUCGAGCGUGGCCUCAAGGUCAAGGAGUACGAACUCCGCAAGCGCAACUUCAGCGAGACCGGGAACUUUGGCUUCGGUAUCAGCGAGCACAUCGAUCUUGGAAUCAAGUACGACCCCGCCAUCGGUAUCUACGGUAUGGACUUCUACUGCUGCAUGACCCGCCCUGGCGAGCGUGUCACCCGCCGUCGCCGAGCCAAGAGCAGAAUCGGUGCCAGCCACCGCAUCAACCGCGACGAGACCGUCAAAUGGUUCAAGCAGCGCUUCGACGGCAUUGUCCGAUAA